AUGUUAUUUAAACGCAGUGGGGCUUCCUUUCCAGCCUGGAGAAUAUCCAAAGCGUGUCAGCAAUGUCGUAUACGCAAGAUUCGGUGCGACGGGAAGACACCUUGUGGGAAAUGUUCUGAAAGGCAUCUUCGCUGCGAGUAUCGCGAUAAAGCUCGGCAGCGCAGGAGAAAAGGCUCUUCUGGGGUCAUGAACAUGAUCCCCGUUACUACCUCCAGUCAAUACGUAAAGCGACCGACCGUGCCAUCUCCCAAUAGCGUCACCGCCACACAUCAAGCGUCGCCGAGCCUCUCGAUGGAGCUAUACUACGGUGCCACUUCCAACUUUGCCCUGAUGCAAACAAUAUAUCGCGACAUCAUUCCGGGUUACACAGGAGCACCACGGUCCCAGGCUAGUGAAGUCGAAGAUGGUGGCGCUGGCCUGGACAUGUUCCAGUUCCGUUCCAUCUUUUUUGGCAUUGCUGACAAGGGACGAGACCCAUCGAAUCAAGCGGGACUGGCCAGUCUUUCCGGAGGAUUCGUUUCGUAUUCAUUGGCAAAACAACUUUUAAAAUGUUUCCUGGAAACGCUUUACCAUCUCAUGCCUUUCCAGCCGCGGGAGCUUUUUGAACAGCAAUUGGAUGACCUGUACAUAACCACAUUGCAUACGCCAAAGAAUCCUUCUGGAAAGCAUAUUCUGCUUCCUGCUAUCGCCAUAGCGGCCCUGAACACUGAGCACUAUCUCCUGGCGGACACCCUAGUUUCCAAAAUCAAGAAUGAGACGGCUGCUAUGGCAGAUAUCGUGAAUAUCGAGACUGUGCAGACUUCUAUUAUUCUGAUGAGUUUUCCCAUCAUAGAGAUACCACUUCCAGUCGAUCCAGUUCUGACCUGCUUGGUUCACCUAUCCCAGAUCAUGUCGCGAACCGCUGAAGACAUGUAUGAAAAACCACAUGGCUCUUUUAUUGCAAUGGAGAAGACGGCAGCUGCGAUUCGCUCUGAUUUACGGCAAUUUGAAUCUUUUAUGCAACGCUGUAUGGGGUUUGGGCUCCAUCCUACCGCAUCCGGCCAAGGGCAGGGGGUUUGCCAAAUUAUCCUUAGCUCUUCUUGUAGCUCCGCAGUUAAUGCUGCUUAUACCCUAAUUGAACAUAUUUCAAGAACCUCCCACCAUAUUCCAACCGCCAAGGAGCUCCGAUACCAUGGCUUCUUCCUUGGGAGUGCGGCUUUUGCUUUAAUCUAUGAUAUGCUGCAUGAUGCGACACUGGCUACCCUUCAUCUCCCUCGCAUCCAAAUGGGGCUCCGAUGCCUUUACAGUAUGCGAGAAGGGGAGCCGAUCGCAAGCACAAUUCGAGCGGUUGAACUGGCUUUGAACAAACUGGGUCUGGAAGUCAAUAUCUACGAGACAAUCCGUAAAUCUGCAGAUGAGGCAGCGAAUUACGCUUCUGUGUCAGACACGACAGUAUCUCGUGGUAUCCAAGACCAAAGGGUCUGUUCCGAUCACGGGAAUACCCAAAAACCUGACCCUCCAGUCUCAACAACUGCCCAGCUACCUGACUCUGAGACUCCAUCAACUUCUCAGUCGGCUGGUAGAGCACCCCUCGACCUAGCGUUUGUGGACGAAAUGGGUACCUGGGAGCCAGGAUGGAAUAUUAAUCCAUCUAUCGUAAAUAUAGAAGGGUUCUUCGCCUGGCCCACCUUGUAUUAG